AGCAGUCCUCACCAGAAAGAUAACGGAUACACGCAGAGAGAGGAGUGUUUCUCGCUGCACAUGCCUCCUGGGUUGUGCUAUCAACCCAUCUGAAGACAAGAACAGCUUGUGUAUCUGUCUGUCUGAAUGAAAAAUGAAAACCCAACACCUGAAAAUGGAGCACAGAUCAAGCAGCAGCUGAGAAAAAUCUGCCUGUGACAGUUUGUUUUCAGCCACGCUUGGGACACAGGAAGAAACUCUUUCGUCUGACUUGCACAUGUCACUGCGGCACUGAUCUGACUGUUCAAAGAGACUCUCAGCACCAUCUGAAGCUUUGACAAAGUUCAGCUGGCUGAUCUACAAAGGAGAAAAUGAGGCUGCCUCUUUGUUAUUUCUUGAGCUGCAAUCUUGUUCUAAUAGCAGGCUACAAUUCCUUUCGGAAAAGCAUUGAGACUCUAGGCAAGAAGCAAUACCAAGUCCAGCACGGAUUGUGCAGCUAUACUUUCCUUCUGCCUGAGAUGGACAAUUGCCGGUCUUCCUCUACUACCUCCUACGUUUCUAAUGCUGUGCAAAGAGAUGCCCCGUUAGAUUAUGACGAUUCCAUUCAGAGGCUUCAGCUGCUUGAAAAUAUCCUCGAAAACAACACUCAAUGGCUAAUGAAGAUUGAGAAUUAUAUCCAAGAUAAUAUGAAAAAAGAAAUGGUUGAGAUUCAGCAGAAUGCAGUUCAGAACCAGACAGCAGUGAUGAUUGAAAUAGGCACAAACCUAUUAAAUCAAACAGCAGAACAGACCCGCAAAUUAACAGAUGUUGAAGCACAUGUAUUAAAUCAGACAAUGCGACUGGAGCUUCAACUGCUGGCACAUUCUAUCUCAACUAACAAACUAGAAAUACAGAUUUCAGAUCAGACCAAUGAGAUAGGUAAACUGCAAGAAAAAAACAGCCUUUUAGAAAAAAAAGUCCUCGAAAUGGAAAGCAAACACAUAUCCCAACUACAGUCAAUGAAAGAAGAGAAAGAUAAGCUUCAGUCACUUGUUUCCAGACAGAACUCCAUAAUAGAAGAACUGGAGAAACAGCUAGUCAAUGCUACUGCUAACAACUCAUUCCUGCAAAAGCAGCAACAUGACCUGAGGGAAACUGUGCAAAACUUGUUUGCUAUGAUUUCUACGCCACAACCAUCCAAGAAUGCCUUGGUCACUGGAAAAGAACAGAUCAGUUUCAAAGACUGCUCAGAAGCAUUCAAAAUGGGGUUUACAGCAAGUGGUAUUUACACAUUAAUUAUAUCUAAUACAGGAGAAGAAAAAAAGACAUACUGUGAUAUGGAGACAGCUGGAGGAGGCUGGACGAUUAUUCAGCAACGUUUAGAUGGCAGUGUAGAUUUUGACCGAACAUGGGCCGAAUAUAAAAUGGGAUUUGGAAACCCUUCUGGAGAAUACUGGCUAGGAAAUGAAUUGGUUUUUCAGCUAACCAACCAGAAGCAGUAUGUUCUGAAAAUACAAUUAAAAGACUGGGAAGGAAAUGAGGCAUAUUCCUUAUAUGAGCAUUUUUCCUUAGCAAGUGAAGAACUAAAAUACAGAAUCAACCUUAAAGGACUUACAGGUACAGCCGGCAAAAUAAGCAGCAUCAGUCAACCAGGAAAUGGGUUUAGCACAAAGGAUGUAGACAACGACAAAUGCAUCUGCAAAUGUUCACAAAUGUUAACAGGAGGAUGGUGGUUUGAUGCAUGCGGGCCUUCCAAUCUAAAUGGUCUAUACUAUCCACUGCGACAGAACACAAACAAAUUUAAAGGCAUUAAAUGGUACUACUGGAAAGGAGCAGGCUAUUCUCUCAAAGCCACAACUAUGAUGAUCCGUCCAUCAGAUUUCUAAAAAAGUUCAUACUUUUAUGUUGGAAAAUUAUGUUGAAAUAAUUUUAACAUACUUUAUUUGAGAAGUAUGUAAAACCAUGGAUGCUCCAUGACCAAUUUUCCUGUCUGGACAAUUUACAUAUGCAUCCUACAGGAAUCAGUGUUUCUAGUCCUGAUUUCAGCAUUGCUGAAUUUCAUCACAGUUCAGAGUCAUGCAAGAAGAAAUAACUAAUGCAAUAAUGAUUUUAAAAAGAGAAUAUUAGAAGGAUUCUGCAGAAGCUUAAGAACUUUGUUUUCAUGAACAUUUAUGAAGUUUGUGCAUAACUGGAACUGUGAAAUAUAUCUAGAUUAUCUAAAAUUUCUUCAGCCUUAAAUGUUACUUUAUAUCUUAACAUUGAACUCCAAUGGCUACCUUAAAAAGAGCACUGCUUUGUAAACUAUACCGUAUCUUAUUCUUAUUUCAUGCUGUUCCUUGUAAUUAUGUAAAUAAUAUUUUGUAAUUAAUGCCUAUAUCCAGAUUCUUGCCUUUAGUAAUCACACAUUCAAGGAUAUUUGGUAACACAUAUCAGUAUAUUUAAUAAGGCUGUAUAAAAAUAUUUCUAUAUUUUCAUGACUUUUUAAAAAUCCAAUACUGAGUAUAUAACAGACCACUAUUUUUAUACCUUACAUAUCAGAUGUUUGUAUCAGUAUUUUAAAGCUCAAAAUAUUCUUGCAAUUUACAGAACUCUGUAUGUGAACUCAGUAUAAUGUAUAAGAAAAUUGGACUAUUGUUCUUUAUUGUUCCUUUCUGUUAAAACAAUACCUGUUAAUUACAGUUUCUCAGUAUUUUGGACACCUUAGGAAGAUCUGCUUCUGUUUACUCUAGUUGAAAGAGAAGCUACUGAUUAAAAGAUUGAAAGGGUGCACAUCUUUUGAGGAACAUU